AUGCAGCCGUUGGUGUGGGUGACGUCUUGCUGCACACCGACUUGCCAGGAGCCCUGCGCUCCGCACUCAUUCCCGUUGAAGACGUUGAGCAGAGAGGCCGUGGACACAUCCAUCGGUGUGACCUUCAUGUGGUUCACUCUACGUGGCCACCUCUGCCCCCACACUACCUUUGAAGACGAACUCUGUUCCGCCCAUCACUUUGGCCGAGUGCACUCCUCGGCUGUAGCGGCCCUUGGCAUAGAUGGUGAAGGUGGGAUGCUUGCAGAUGGGGUCGGAGUAGUGGUAGUAGUGGCCCUCCCAGGUGUUGUUGUUGUCAUGGAAAAUGAAGUGCCGCGUGAGGAAGAGGACCUCCGGCCGCACCUCACAGCGCUGGCUCACCCACUCGCCAUGCAGCCCGAUGGUCAGACAAACGAGCUGGAUGUACGCGCUGCGUGCAGCCCACACAAGUUUAAAUACACACGGCACCAAACUUUUGCCUGCCUGGGGUGUCGGAGACACGUCAGUCCGUGGCUUAGCAGAACAGCAGGCAGUGACACCCCGAGUCCCCGGUGCCCCGCGCCGCCAAACGCACCUCCCGGCCGCAAAGCUCCUCCUCGGCCGCAGGUGAGGCAGAGUCCGGCAGGGUCGGACUGUGCCAGCUGCCCGUCCAGCCGCUCCGUCCCAAAGCCACGGGCACGCAAGGUGCCCGGCCGAGCGGGACAGAGGCACGGCCGCUCGCCCUAUGGCUUCGCCGCACCCCGCUGCUCCGAAGUUUUAUCCACCAACGAGGCGAAGCGGGCGAGGUCCGCGUGGCUGCGCUCCUACCCCUCAGCCGGACCCACGCCGCAGGACGAGAGCACCACCCGCGUCCCGUCUUCACCCGCGCAGCCGCCGGGCUCCCCGCACUCACCGUGCAGCAGCAGGGCCGGGAACAGGUACCGCAUCAGGCUGCCGUACGGGACGAACAUCUCCGCGCUCCGUGCCGGGGCCGCGACCGCGCACAGCGGGCCGUGCCGCGCUCAGCGCCGCGCCGGGCAGCCCAUGGCCGGCGCUAGGGGGCGGGCGGCUGGCGGGGCGGCAGCGCGGCCGGGGCACACCGCCUCUCCUUCGGGAACCCGUCCCUCGCUCCUGAGCUCGGGCUCCGCUCGCCGCCUCCUCACCCGUAUCCACGAAGCCCGGCGGCGGCUCCGCUUCAUAUUUCUCCUUCCAGCGGGAGGAGGAGGGGUCGGGAGGUCAGAAGGGACAGUUUCCAGAGCACUUGGUGGUGGUCUCUACAAGGCUGUAGUGAGUGGAUAUCUGGUCAAUGACCUGGUUCUGAAAGGGAAAACAGAUCCAAUGGCCAAGGAAGACAGUGAUGUUCACCUAGAUGCAGUACAGCACCUGCACUUACGAGUCUUGGGGACUCUUGAAGCACAUCAUGUAUGUGCAUGCUGGUUGCCUCUGCUAAUGGAAGAUUUUGCCAGAAUGAUGGGUGAGAUAAUGCUGGGCUGCAAACCAGUAAUACCAGGCCAUGGUAUCACAUGGUGCUGGAACAGGCUGCCCAGAGAAGUUGUGAAGGUGUUUAAAGUCAGGAUGGAUGGGAGCCCAGGGCACUCUAUUCUACUGUCUGAUUUGGUGGGUGGCAACCCUACCCACGACAGGGAGGUUGGGACUACAUGAUCUUUGAGGUCCCUUCCAACUGAAGCCAUUCUAUGAUUUUAUGACAUGUGAAAGGUAGUGCACACAGAAAAGUGAGAUGCCCCAUGGCUGGGCUGAGCAGUGGAUGGCUUUAGGGAGGUCUUGCCUAUUGAGAAGCAGCCAGCUCAAAGAGUCUUGCUUGUUUGGCAGCUGUGUAGGAAGGCUCUCUUUAUGUAAGCCCUCUGCUAAUGCUAGUUGUUAGGUGUAUGUCCCUUCAAAGCCCUGUAUGUGUUUCUGUAGGGUCCCUCAACGUAUCCAGCCUACUAUCUCACCUGAGGAAGCAACAAGUCAGGAGAUAACGAAAAUGUGCACCCAGGAUGUAAGAGGUAGCCAAUGCCACUGUAAUGAAGAGUACACAGUAAUGAACAAUGAGCAGUUUUGAACUGUAAUUAUAUCAAAGUAGCAACAUUCUGAAGGGGAGGCUUUUUUUCCUGUGAACAUAACCUAUUCUACCAUCUUUGAAUCAAGCAAUAAAAUGAUCUGCAAGAGGAGCGUGCAAAAAAUCAUCUGUCCAAGAAGUGUGAGAUUUGUCCCCUGGGAAGGGACAUCCCCCCCAGCAGCAUCACUAACAGCUUCUCAUAAGCAGAAAGGGGAAUAACUUUACUGCUCCAUCAGCCAACUUUGUAAAUUAGGCUCCGCUUGUGAUUUACUAUCAGCAUGGCUUCAGAUGUGGUAAUGAAAUGAAAUGAAAUCAAUACCCAGUGGACCCAGGCACAGUAGAACUUUCCAAAAACAACACAGACUAUACUUUGUCUUUUACUCGCCUUUUUUAUUUUGUAAUAUUUUAAGGACAUGGGAUUUUUCAAACUGAUGCACAAUAUUUUUUUGAUAGCGUGCCCAGCUUACUCCUACUUGUUUCAUUACUGUGCCCCUGUUCUGCAUUUACUGUUGCUGUAACAGGAAGCAGUGACAAAUAACAGCUCCUUGCUCUUUGAUCUAAGCAGCAUGUCACAUCCAUGCCCAUUAAAAAUUAUAUUAACCAAUCCAACUGUGACUUCGUGAACUUGGGCUCCUGGGGCAGGGUAUGUGCUUAAUGUGAGUAUAAAGUCAUUUAAACGUCAUUUACAAAGACAUCUCAGCCAUACUGACAGUUGGACUAAGUGAUCUUAAAGGUUUUUUCUAAUCUUAAUGAUUCUGUGAUUCUGUAUUCUCAUAAAUAACAUAGGGGCAAAAGCAUUUAAAGAAGGAAGGCAGCAGAAAAUGCGCAGGAAGUGGUCAUUUAGGAAACUAACCUGAUGGAAAAUAUACUUUGGGGCUGAGGCUCUUUACAAAAGUAUUAAAAUAGAAAGAAAACUAAUUCGUGGGGCUUGUUGCAUGACACUUAAAAGACCAUGGCAUAUCAGCAUGGUGCUUGUCUAGCUAAGGUGCAGGCUGAUUAGCUGGCAGCCAAUGCCAGUCUUGUGGUGAAAGACAUUUAAAGGAGAGACAUGAUGGGAAAGAGUGGGGGGCCACGAGCAUAUGGGAUGCUUUAUGCUAUGGAGAAAAAUGGAAUGGGGUAGCACCCUUUCACCCUGUAAUGCUUUGGCAGUGCCACAGCUGUGAUUAGCUGAUGGCUAAAUUACGUUUUUUAGAAGACAGUAUGUUCUUUUGAAUGUGGCAAAGGAGUGAGAUGUAAAGAUUUAUCAGAAAAGAGUGGAGUGACUGAUUCACAAGGAAUCACAGGUCUGUGAGGUUUCUAUUUGUGGAUUGUCCAUGACAAGUUCAUCAGAACAAGUGAAGUUUUGGAGAGAGGUUUUGCUACAUGCCCAGCUGAAGCUGAAAUCCACAAGAUCACCACAGAUCUUGUCUGAUCCAGGCUGGAUGUGGCUCUGGGCAGCCUGGUCUAGUGGUUGGCAACCCUGCCUGCCCACGGCAGGGGGGUCAAAACUAGAUGGUCUUUGAGGUCUUUUUCAGCCCAGGCCAUUCUAUGAUUCUAUAUUCUAUGACACAUAGAAAUACACUAUAUGACAUCUUAUUUUGGCUUCAGCUAUUUGAGGGAGAAGUUGAGCCUGUGGAAUAUAACAAUUAUUUUCAAGGACAUGAAGUCUGUUUUUAGUUUCUCAGGCCCGUGCCUGUGGUGAUGCUCACCUGCAAACUGUGGCUCUGAUGGUGAGACUCAUCUGUGAGGUGCUGCAGGUUGCCUCAGAGGUCUGUGCUCUGUUGCUCCUCCUCGUUUAGGUAGGCACAGUGCCUGAGAGGUGCACUUUGGGAACGAUUUUGUUUUAGUCUUAUAAGUCACACUGAAGGUCUGUUAGCUAGAAAUAGGCACCACAAAUACAGUCCAGACAGUGAAAAUGAAGGUCUUGUGGCCUUCAUAGACUUCAUAGACUUUUUUCCUCCUUUUUAAACAUAUAUUUUUAAUUUUUUAGAUACAUGCAGAGACAUGCACUUAUGCACACGCACACCACACAAAACUUCUCUGCUAGAAGAGGCUUGCUUGAGAGAGCACCGGUUUCACAAAAAUCACAAAAAUGUGGCUCUCUGAAGCAGUUUGUUUUCCCAGUUUUCCUAGAGCAGUUUGAAAAGUAGAAGGUAAUAAGAAUGUGAAAAAAAAAAAAACCACAACAUGAAGAGCAGACCCUGCAGAGCUCGGGCAUUACAAGAGGGACAAAUCAAAGAAAGAGGCAAAGGACUCAAACAUGCUCCCUUCUUCAUAUCUUCACUUGUUCUUGGCACUUGAAGUGUGCUUGUGAUUGGAUUGCUCAGAGCACAGACAGUUUUGUGGGACUCUUCCUGCAGCCAGGGCCUUGGGGCUUGCUGCAGCUCCAAUGAACCCAGUAGGGGUCUUUCCAUUGCCUGUGCUGAGAGCUGGAUCCUGCCCUACAGGAGGCUGCUGGCAGUGCCAGCUGGAACAGCUAAUGCUUGCAUGCUGAUAGUAUUCAUCUGGAAGCAAGGAAAAUGGGGGCUGAAGGUAUUUCUUUAUCUCAUGUAUGCUCUAGGAUCCAUCCUCGCUCUCCCCAGCACUGCUGAUUUCAUUCAUUCAUGGCAUUCAAAUGUCAUAAAAACCAGUGUGGUAAAAAUGUCUUUGUACACAUUAUGUCUUCUAU